AAACCAGGAACAAGACCAGCAGCGGCAGCAGCGAGCAACAGCAGCAGCAGCAACAACUCUGCUUGUAUUACUAUAACCACUACGAUUACAUCGUCGUUUCAGCAGUCGCAGAGAGAAGAGAGACUUGUUGGAUGUAUGCAGCAUAACAGCAGCCAGCUUACACUUGCAGUUGUUGCAGUGUUCGGAAAAACGUUGUGGAUAUACCGGCCUCUGGGACUAAAAUCAUUCCAGGAAUAACAUUCCAAGAGUAAAAGCAACGCAAGAAAUAACACAUCCCGAGAAUAACGACUCCUGAAAAUAAGGUAUUGACUGGGAAAAAGCUACAUCUAUACUCCAAUAUAAAUGACUUUAGUAUAUCAUUACGAAUGAUAUUUCGCAGCCAAGUAUACUGUACCACCAGGACUAAUGCAUACGUAUUUAUACCAAGUCAAUAAAAGACAACACAGGUUAACUCCAAGCUAACUACAAUGCAUUACAAGAAAUAACAUAUACAUAUCUAUAUAUGUGCCAAGACAGUAACAUAUCAGAGUCAGAGUCUCUAACUCUACCUAAGUACAAUGAAUCAACAGCAAUAAUAUGUAUUUACCUAGAAAAUAACCUAUUUUCCACACGAAAAAAAUCACUCACCACCGAGUACAAUGAAACGCUGCAAAUGAUAUCUUCAUAUCCGAAAACUAUAACGCAUCAUUGAAGAUAACGUGCUACAAAGUACUAUGCUGUUACAGAAAUAACGCAUAUACAUGUAUCUAAACACUAACACCUACACAUACAUAAUAACUUGCUGCCAAGUACAAUGAAAUACUAGAAAUAACCCAUCCAAAUGUGCCAAGAAUCUCAUGGAUAUCAUUGUAUGAACAUCUGUUAUUGGCGUUGUUUUCCUUCCAUUUCAAAACACACAGUAAAAACGAAAGAUAUCAUUAGAUCACCAUCAACAUACAUAGAUAUAUGAAUAUAUUUAUGUAUAUAGACUUCUAUACGUAAAUAUACAUACAUUAUAUAUAUAGAUACAUAUAUAUAUAUAUAAUAUAUAUAUAUAUAUAUAUAUAUACGUGUGUGUGUGUAUGUGUGUGUGUUUAUUUAUACAUGUACUUCUAACUAGCUAUUGUAAAUCAAUGGAUGAUGCAUUAGUAACAUAAUGACUCGGUCUAAAACAACAGCGAGAACACAAGCAACCACAGCAAAACUAUUACUACCAUUUGCAACAGCAUCACCAACAGCAGCACCAUCUAUUAUAACACUACCAAUAUCAAUAACAACUACGCCUAGGACAGCAGCUUCAGCAACAGCAGCAGGGUCAACACCAACAUUAUCAAGAUCUCCAAAAAUAGAAACGGUAAUAUCAACAUUAAUAUAAAAUUUAUUGCUUUUAGCAUCAACAUCUUAGUAUCUGUGUAGCACAGUUGGUUUGUGUUGACGAAGUAAGACUUCCUGAAUAAUCCUCAGAAAUUUGUAGAAUAUAAAAAUUAAAAUAAAAUUGUAGUUAUUAUAAAUAGAGUUAUAAUUAAAAUUUUGAAGAAAAGCAAAGAACAAAAAAAAAACAACAACAAAAGCAUUUCAAAAACGAUGUUGCCAAAACAAGAACAUGAUAUUGUGACCAAUUGCUCUCCACACCGUUAUGAGUUACAACAACAACAACAACAAGAACAGCAACAGCAAAAGCAGCAGCAACAACAUCCACAACAACCGCAACAGCAACAACAGCAACAGCAGCAGCAGCAGCCACAGCAACAACAACAACCACAUCAUCUUCUCCAUCAUCAACAUCAUCUUCUUCAGCAUCAUCAUCUUCAUCAGCAGACACAGCAGCCACAGUAUCAGCUUCAAAAGCAGAAGCAACAACCGGAGCAAAAUGAUGAACAGAUGAUCACCAGAAACUCUCCAUUAAACUUGCGUUCCUCUCCUCUAAAUCUAAGGCAGCUACAAUUACCACAAGAGCAUCAUUUGCAGCUACAACCGCAGCAGCAUCCUCUUCAUCAACAACAGCAAUAUAAUCAACAAGCACCACCUCAAUCACCAAAAUCACCAAAAUCGCCAAAAUCUCCAAAGUCACCAAUAUCGCCCAAAUCUCCAAAAUCACCCAACUCACCCCAUUCACCACAACAACAACAACAGCAGCAACAACAACAUCAAUUGCAGCCUCAACAACACCCUUCACAGAUUCCGCCACAACCUCAACAAAAUAAGUCGCCCCCACACCAGCAACAACAUCAAUUACAACUACAAGAACAACACAGGAAAUCACCGCAACAACACCAGCAACAACAUCAAUUACAACUACAAGAACAACACAGGAAAUCACCACAACAACACCAGCAACAACAAUCCCCACCAAACCAACCAAACCAACAACAACAACUUCAACAACAGCAUCAACAUCUACAUCAAAAACCACCACUUCCUCGACAACAGCGCCCACAAUUACAAGUUGAGCCUCAGCAAUAUUCCAGACAAGCUUUACAAAUGCGCAACGAGAUUCAAACAAAGGAAGUGUGUGCAGCGAAAUUCUGUGUCAGAGACAAUGGCAUUACGUCUAAAGAAUCGGAAAUACAGAAUCAGAUAACAGGAGACAAAAUUGAAAAGGAAGAUAUUCUAGUCCGAGAUUGUGCUGUUAUGACACAUUUUCCUAAUGCGGAUAAUGUCCACAAUGCCAGUGCUGAAGAAUUGAUCAAGGAAAUCCAAGCUCUGAAAGAUGACAGUAAAAAAUGUCACCGAGAACUGGACAGGUGGAAAUCGAACUGCCGGAAAUACAAAGCCAGCUAUUUGAUUGUGGCUGACCACAACCGUGUACUUGUUCGUGAAAAUUCCACACAAAAAUGGGAGCUUGCAUAUUUACAACAACGGAUACAACGUCAACAGGAACGAUAUGAUGAAUUAGAAAGGAACUAUGAUAUACUUCAAGACAACUAUAAAACAUUAUCCGGGUUGUUCAACAGGUUACCUCCUCCGGAUAAGAGAUUAGAGGAAAAAUAUGAAAUGCUUCGGAAUGAUUACGAGAAGAUUAACAAUGAUCGCAUCAGUUUGAUGGACAAAAUAAACCAACUCACUGAGCAGCUAACAUGUUAUCUCUCCGACACACCGUUCCAGACACAAGGGUCUACUGGUCGUGAACCAACAGAUGGUGUCAUUUGGGCUGAUAAUCACCAGAAUAUCAUAGACGGAUUAAGUGAUAAAACACAGAUGCCUCAUAUUAAAGAACGUUAUAGUCAGAGCUUGAAAAAAUGCAAGCCACAACCUUAUGCUAUCAGAGAAAUCAGUGGUCAGUUUGGUCGCUUACCUCCUGGAAGUGACGGAGAUGAUGAAGAUAGUUAUUCUAACUUUCCUUGUUCUGACGUCACAGCAGAUGGAGAUUCUAGGACUGAAAUGUUUCGAGCAACCUCUAGUAACAAAACCUCCGGACCAAAAUCCACACGUCCUUUUGCCAGACAUCGAAAAAACAAACAUAAACUUCCUUCAGUACCGGCAUGGCUGUCUCAGUUGAAAAACAAUAAAGUACACCCCGGCGAUGAAGACGAUUGACGGGGGGUGCGAAACCGCCAUGACAGCGACUCACUCGAUUCAAUCCCUGUCAACCAUGAAAUUGAAACCAGUGUUUGAACGAGUGUUUUUAUUUUUUUAUUUAUUUUAUUUUUUUUCUACUCUGCGCUGUCCUGGGUGGUGAGGACCUUGAGCAAGUCCUUCGCAGCCUCCUCAUUGCUCACACCCCAAUACAUAUAUAUAUAUUUUUAAACAUGUACUAUUUAAAACAAUUUUAAAAAGGA